AUGCCACCGUCCGGCGGGCAUCAGCUGGUCCCGGUGGCCUGGAACGCCAUACGGACUGUCCUAAAGAAGACUUCUAAUAUGGCACGGGUGAAGCUUCUUCUUGCAACUCGCCCACUUCGUGCUGAACUCGAACCAGUACUUAUUCGCAACAAUCCUGUCCGACAUCCAGUGCACAGGGCUGCAUUUAUACGCCAAAGCAAGGGUCGCUGGUACACAACGCACAGUGCCAUCAAUGCUACAGUGAGGCGUUUUACGUCUGCGGCCACUCGAUCUGUCAAGCGGGUUGACGGCAAACUUCCCCCUGCCUCUGCAAUUGGAAGUGCUGUUUCUCGGCAGACAUUACGCACUCCGUUCGCUUCUACACUUCGGCCCAAUCUUACGGGCGGCGCUCUUCCUCGCACCGCUGGGGGAUAUUCUAUUGGUGGGGGUCGAGUUGGUGGAGCUAGAUACUUCUCCCAUACUCCUGCAGCUCCGGCACAAGUUGUCAACAAUGUUUCUUCCGCAGUGCGAGCUUUUUGGCAUUCUGGAAGCAAGGCACAUUAUUGCGGCGUAGAUUCGCGUUCUGGAGAAAAGCAGUUCCGCGCGAUAACUGCCCUACAAGAUGAGACAGAGCGGAAAAUGAGCUCGUUGCCCAAAGCUGCACCAGGAUCUUUCAUCGAUUUUCAGCUCAGCCCAACCAUCACCGCAAUUGGUCCUCUCAGCCGAGGAUCUCCUGCGCAGGCGCAAACUCAUGACGAUUCCCUCAAGUCUGAUGGCCUUCUCGAGAUGCUCUCCGUCGACUUCUCUCGCUCGCUGCAGGACUUGAGUGCCGUCCUUAAUGAUCUCAAAAGGAUCUCCACACUGGGAGACUUGCCUAUAACUCUUCCGAAGCCGGCGACAUUACGGGUCCACUUUCCUGGCUGUGAUGCUCGAAGCGUAGAGAACCUAUGCGAUGAAUUGGGCGUCCAGCGCGGCAUUAUCCGUCAAGAUGGGGAUUUUGAUGUGUAUGCAGGGACGACUAUGGCUUUGCGUUUCCCAUUCGCCCCCAGUCAUGCAGUCUCUGAAGCUUCGUCGGUGGAUGGAUAUGAUGAACGGUACUUUGAGCCCGAGAGGGUUGAUUGGGAAAACAUGAUUUCGCCUUCAAGCACUGUUACCUCGCAUGGCUUCUCACAUAAUUCCGGUAGUCCUUUGGAAUUCGACGAUUUGGAUGGCAGCAUUCAAGAAAAUCCUUGGACCAGAUCUCCAUCAGGCUACUCGAGUCUCCAUAGCAGUGAAGGCGACGAGACUUCAUCUUAUUUCUUCGAACAGCCUCGUCUCAAGUCGAACAAAUCAAAGUCGGUCAAAGACUCUUCUGAGUAUGAAGGGGUCGAGGGAAUCUAUCGAUUUCUCGAGCAAUGUGAUAGUGCGAGAAGAUGA